UUCCGUGGGAUUCGGGUGUAAGGACCGACCACCAAUUUCCGGGAUUCGGGUAAAUAACCACUUCGCCAAAGAAAUGGCAACAGCCUUGACAGCCACCUCGAAUAAAACCCCUGAAACAGGGGAAGUCGGGGUUGCAAAAACUUUAUUUAGAGGCAUGAAUAAAGAAGAGUGUAAGCAUCAGUACAAAUGCUCCAGCUGGAGCUCUCGGACACUCGAUUCAGAACAAAUACUUCAACAGUUUUGUAAGGUGACAACACAUGAGUCCCAGGAAGCAUACAAAACUAUACCAUGUGACAAAGAUAUCAAAUAUGGCAACAGAGAGAGAGAAAGACUGGAUAUUUUUGUGUCAGACUCUCUUCCAGCAGAUGCACCUGUGUUUGUCUUUGUCCACGGAGGAUACUGGAUCCAUGAGGACUAUACUUCCUAUGCUCUCAUGGUGCCCAAUUUGACCUCUGCUGGCACUGUUGUCGUAGUUGUUGAGUACAGUUUAGCUCCCGAGGUAAAGCUGGAGGACCAGGUUGAGCAAGUUCAGAGAGCUGUGGCAUACGUUUGUGAAUGGGCGAAACAACGAGGAUCAAGGGGCGUCUAUGUAUCUGGUCACAGCGCCGGUGGUCAUCUGACCGCCAUGUGUAUGACGCAGCCACACGACAGUUACCAUAUCAUCAAAGGCGUGAUUCCUAUGUCUGGUAUUUACGAUGUUCGACCUAUCACCUACACAAGUGUAGCAGAUACAAUGCCACUAACGGAAGAGUAUGCCUGGGAACAGAGUCCCAUGAAGCAAAUCAAGGCAGUCAUUGAAGGAUGUCGCGACAAGAAGGUCCUGGUGUUAUUAGGGGGAGACGAGUCACCAGAAUUUAAACGUCAGUCGCAUGAGUUUAACAAGUCAUUGACAGAUGGCGGUAUAACUAGUCAGUAUGUGGAGUUGGCCGGCGAGGAUCAUUUCUCGCUUAUUGAGUCGAUGUGUAAGAGAGAGUCUGCUUUGUCAGUGGCAGUUUUAACCUUCAUGGGAUUGCAAGUGUGAACUUGAUGACUGUGAUGAAAAGUCGUCAUUUCAUAUGCAACAUAUCAACAUAUCAAUUAGUUUUAAUGACAAUUCUUUAUUACGCUCAGUUAUAAACAGUGAAGUCCUCCCUCUGGGCCGAGGGAGUCAGAGUGGUUCUACUAUAUAUUACAGUCAUAUCCAGUUUACAAACCAGCAGUACCUGCUGUUAGCGAGAAAUGACAUAUUAGACACGUCUCUUUGAAUGGAUCAUUGUGGAUGAAGUGGCUUGGCUUUCAUGGGACUGGUUGGUUCGAAUCGUUGCUCACAAAUUUUACAAAACUGUAAUCUUUCGGGUUGAUUAAUAAAUCACAAUUGAUGUUUGUUCA